UGAAUGGUCUCUUUCAUGAUGGACGUCUUUUUAUGUCACGAAACGCUCCCCGUGACAUCCUGUGGAGUCCGGAGUGGCUUCGAAUGAGACAUUUGUCAUUUUUUAAGGAGGUAACUGGUUUCUUAUAGCAUUAUUCAGAUUAAGAUGAAAUUCAGACCACGUUAACAUUAGAAAAAAACUUUGCGAAGUAACUUCCUUGAAUUGGUUUAAGAAAUAUAUAAGGUGAUUGGUAGUCUAGUCGACAUGAUGAUAUCCUGUAUCUGACCUGAUGUUUUUGGUCAUUUGAAUUCUAGAUCUGGUGUUUUAUCAGAAACAGGACGAUUUCCCUAUAUUUACUCAAGAAUCGUAGAUCACCAUUCCCGUAAGAAACUUGUCCCGACAAGUUAGGGAAAUUAAAUGGCUGUAAAUAAACUACUUUCUUCUUUUAAUUUUCCGUCCAUAAUUUAUUCCUUCAUUUCGCAUUUCCCCAGUCCUUUCAUGGUUCGUUUGCGAAGGGACGUUGCUCUCGGGACUGGUACAGAGUAUGCAUGCAAGUCAGCAUCAGCUUAAAAUGGCGCCGAUUUCGAAUUACAAGUGUCGUGUGGCUGUUUCUUUGCGUUUCCACGAUAACCUCUGACCAAUUUUUUAGAUUUUUAGAGCCAUGGUAAGUUUUUACGGACUUUGAUAUGUUAUUUAUAAGUUCUAGAGAGAUAUAAAAUAAUGUUUGUCACUGCAUACCCUCGACGUUCGUGAUGCAAUUUCCACACAGCUUAGUUCAUCGACCAACAAGUCACUCCUAUCUCCCUGUAGAUUUAGUUUAGAUGUAUGCAGUAAUUUCCUCUCUACAAUAUUUUUUUUUACAGAGGAGAUCUCUUGCUCCGAGUCAAAUUCUGAAAAGGAAGCAAGGCUUUUCAGAAGACGAAGAAAUUGGGAACAAACGUAAACAGAAGUUCAAGCUUGGAUCAUUCGAAGCAGACGAUAAGCCUGAUAUCGGGAGAAGAGUGCUUGCUCCACUUUCCACUCAAGCAAAUGAUUCCUCAAAAAUUGUUUCAGCUCAUGAAGAUUUAAUACGCAAGAUUCUUGCAAAGCCUUUCAAGGUCCCAAUUCCAAACUAUCAAGGAUGCACCUACUCAAGAGGGCUUGGUAUUAAAAGGAAAGGACCUCGUAGAGCUCUUCAUGAUCCUUUUGAAGAUAAUGCUCUUGUCCUCUACUCUCCACCUGAACUAACUGCUCAUGAAAAGCUCACAGCAGACUUAGAAUUCCAGGAAGUGCAUGUUGUUGUUGAUCCACUGCUGGGUAAAAUUCUUCGUCCCCAUCAGAGAGAGGGUGUCAAGUUUUUAUAUGACUGUGUAACUGGCCAAAGGAUCCAAGGCAGCAAUGGAUGUAUUAUGGCAGAUGAAAUGGGGUUAGGGAAGACAUUACAAUGUAUCACUCUGAUUUGGACACUGGUGAAACAAGGUCCAGAAGGUCAGCCAAUAGCCAGCAAAGUUGUCAUUGUUGCACCAUCAAGUCUUGUUAAGAACUGGUAUAAUGAACUUCACAAGUGGCUUGGUGGUAGAGUUUCUGCAUUGGCUAUAGACUCUGGGACCAAAGAUCAAAUUGAUAAAAACCUUGGAAUGUUUAUGUCUCAACAAGGGAAGCGUACAGCUAACCCAGUGUUAAUAAUUUCAUAUGAAACUUUCCGACUUCAUGCCUCAGUGUUACAGUCAGGACCUGUGGGUUUAGUCAUCUGUGAUGAGGGACAUAGACUAAAGAAUUUAGAAAGCCAGACAUACCAGGCUCUUGAUAAAUUAAAGACAACAAGAAGAGUACUUUUAUCAGGUACCCCAAUUCAGAAUGACUUAUUGGAAUACUUCAGUCUUGUUCAUUUUGUAAAUAGUGGAAUUUUAGGCACAGUAUCAGAGUUUAAGAGAAAAUUUGAGAAUCCUAUUUUGAGAGGGAGAGAUGCCGACGCUUCUGAUGCAGAUCACAAGAAAGGAGCAGAAAAACUGGCAGAGCUUGCAUUGCUGGUAAACAAGUGCAUCAUCAGGAGAACUGCUUCAAUAUUGUCCAAAUAUCUGCCAGUUAAAGUUGAACAGGUUGUGUGUUGCCGAAUGACUCCUUUGCAGACAGAACUUUACAAACAUCUUAUUCAGUCUAAAUUGUUUAGGAUGGAACUCACAAAGGCAAAGUCUGCUUCUGGAAUGUCUGCAUCAUCCUUAGCUUUUAUCACACAACUCAAAAAAUUGACCAAUCAUCCUGAAUUAAUUUAUGACAAGGCUCAAAUGGGAGAAGAUGGCUUUGAAGGAAUACUGGACAUGUUUCCAAAAACCUUCAGCCUCAAACAAGUGCAGCCUGAACUCUCUGGAAAAAUGCAAGUGUUAGACUACAUUUUAGCCAUGACAAAAUCGUCCACUUCAGACAAGGUUGUGUUAGUUUCUAACUACACUCAAACUCUGGACUUGUUUGAGAAACUUUGUAGACUUAGGAGGUACCAGUAUGUUCGUCUUGAUGGUACAAUGUCUAUCAAAAAGCGGCAAAAGAUUGUCGACCGCUUCAAUGAUCCUCAGGGUAGUGACUUUGUGUUCAUGCUAAGUAGCAAAGCUGGUGGGUGUGGCUUGAAUCUGAUUGGCGCUAAUAGACUGGUAAUGUUUGAUCCUGACUGGAAUCCUGCUAAUGAUGAUCAGGCAAUGGCUCGUGUGUGGAGAGAUGGACAGAAAAAAAAGGUCUUCAUAUACAGACUGUUAUCGACAGGUACAAUUGAGGAAAAGAUUUUUCAGCGACAAGCACACAAGAAAGCACUAAGCAGUUGUGUGGUAGAUGAAGAAGAAGAUGUAGAAAGGCACUUCUCAGUAGGGGAGUUGAAGGACUUAUUUUGUUUGAAUGAGGAUACCCUUAGUGAUACACAUGACAAAUUCAAGUGCCGUAGAUGUGUGAACAAUAUUCAGGUGACCCCACCCCCUGAGGGAACUGACUGUAGUGCAGAUCUGUCACAGUGGAAUCACUGUGCCGAUCGUAAGGGACUGGAUGACAUCAUGUUGAAGGGAGCCUGGUCAAGUGGUGUAACCUUUGUAUUCCACCAGAAAUCACAUGAAAAACAACUGGGCCUUUAACUGGUAGAUAAGCAUGAUUCAAUUUUGAAAUUGGAACAGAAAUUCCCUGGACCUGAUUAGACCUCCAUAGUAUCCAAGCAGAUCCAGGGGUCCAUUUCUCAAAAGGGCUGAAGCCACAGUUUAAAAUGAUAUCAAAAUUUAAAGAAUAGAGAAGCAUGUUCUAGUACCCUAACCAACCCAUUUUGUUCCUUUUGCUGAUAGUUUUAUCGUAUAAAUUUCAAAAAUUUUUAGACCCCCCCCCCCAUAUUGAAUGAAAACAGGAUGCCUUUACAGACUGGUUUAGUCACCAGGGCCCUGGAGAAACAGGCCUCUGGUACCCUACAGUAUUUGCCAUGAUUCCACAAAAAUGAUUAUUCUACUAUAUGUCACAGUAGAUUUUCCAAAAGAGGCUGCGAAGAGUUGACAAAGCAGCAGUGAUCAUGAAAGAGUCCUUAAAAAUCUUGCGAAAAAAUCCUUCAAGUAAACACGAAGUGGCCUUAAAAGCAUCCAUAAUAAGCUGUUAAGUAGCUCUUAUUCAAACCUGUCCCACCACACACAGCACAGACACAGGGUUUGUACGUGUCUUGAAAACCCUUGAAUUUCAGAGGCCGAUUUCAAGGCCUUGAAAGUACUUGAAUUUCGUUUUGGGGCCUUG